CCAUACCUGACUGGGGAAAACCAACCAGGCUUCUCUCUACAGACACAGGAUCUCUACCAGCUGGCCCAGUACUUGCAGGAAGCUCUCCAUCGAGAGAAGAUGUUGGAGCAGAAGUUGUUAGCUCUUCAGCAGCUGGUUCACAAUACUCAGGAGGCAUCGGAGAGUGGAUGGCAG